AUGCUCGCCCCCACUGCCUCCACUGUUGUGUCUUCGGGGGCUAGACCUCCCAUUGGCAUUCCGAUCGCGAUGAGUGCCGCGCGGUGUUAUACGGUUAUGCCGGGCCCUAAACCCUUGCCAAUAUUUGGCAACUCAUGGCGAUUCGCUUUAGGCUUGAAACCUUGGCGAACUACCGCCUUAGAUGUAACUUUAUGGACGUUGAAAGCUUUAGCUGGCAAGAACGGUGCAGCAAAAGUAGCAAAACUUUUCGGACAUCCCGAUUUAGUAUUCCCAUUUUGUGCUGAAGAGACUGCAAAGAUAUACCGCCGGGAGGAUGCAAUGCCACAUAGAGCGGUAGCUCCGUGUCUCAAGCAUUAUAAACAGGAAUUGAGAAAGGACUUUUUCGGCAGUGAGCCAGGGUUAAUUGGAGUGCAUGGUGAACCGUGGUCAAGAUUCAGAUCGAAAGUAUCAAAGGCGUUGGCGGCUCCGGAAGCAGCUCGGGCCGCUGUACCCGCACUAGACAUCGUAGCUGAUGAUUUCGUUAAUAGGAUGGAAAAUAUCUUGAACGACAAUCGCGAGUUACCUAAAGACUUUCUCACGGAGCUAUACAAAUGGGCGCUUGAAUCGGUAGGAGCGUGGGCAUUGGGCACAAGAUUAGGAUGCUUAAGUGACAACGACGCUGAAGCAAAGGAAAUUAUUAGAUGCAUCCACGGUUUCUUCCAUAGUGUUCCGGAACUAGAACUAUCCGCUCCGUUAUGGCGAAUAUAUUCAACACAGGCCUACGAAACAUAUAUUGAAGCAUUGGAUGCCUUCAGAUCACUCUGUUUAAAAAGAUUGACUGACAAAGGCAUCUGUGCUUCAAUAGCCAAAACGUCAGGGGAAAAAGUUGCGACGAUUUUGGCUUUGGAUUUGAUGUUGGUGGGUGUGGAUACAACAGCGGCAGCCGCGGCCAGUACAAUGUACAUGUUAGCAAAAAAUAAGAGAGCUCAGCAGAAAUUGCAGUCGGAACUGGACAAUUACUUACCUAUGGAUAAAAAUUUAACCAGUAGAGACUUAGACAAACUGCCGUACUUACGUGCAUGUAUCAAAGAGACAUUAAGAAUGAAACCAGUGAUAUUAGGAAACGGACGCUGUAUUCAAUCUGAUGCAGUAAUAUCUGGCUAUGAAGUUCCCAAGGGAUCUCACGUUGUAUUCCCUCAUUACAUACUCUCAAAUGAAGAACGCUAUUUUCCAUUCCCUAAAGAGUAUGUACCUGAACGUUGGCUACGUGAUAACGAUAUAAAGGAAAAGCAAAAAUUGUACUGUCCCGUAUCACGGCCGGAGACACAAGGAACAGCGGAAUCUGUUAUAAGUGUAUCAGAGAACAAGGCACUGAUGGUAUGGCGCAAGCAAAAGGAAGUUGGAAUUCAUCCGUUCGCUUCACUUCCUUUCGGCUUCGGCCGAAGAAUGUGUAUAGGGAAAAGAUUUGCUGAAGCUGAGCUACAACUUCUGUUAGCAAAGACUUUCCAUCGAUAUGAAGUUAACUGGCGGUAUGGAGAUCUGACGUACAGUGUGACGCCAACCUACGUACCUAAUGAACCCCUACAAUUCACCCUGACGUCCAGACAAUAG